CUGCUUUCAAUUUCCAUGACUCUCUGAAAUAAAGCCACAAGGCAACAUAAGCUGUUAGUGUAGUAAAUUUGUGAAAAAUUGUCUUUGUGCGUGUUUGGUUUUGUUCAAAAACAGUUCUGUAUUUUAUUGUGAUCUUACCUGAACCCCAUUCACACAGACCUUUGGUCCCAGAAAAUACCCGUAAAAUUGCCAGACAAGCGUCUGUGUGAACAAAAACUCGUUCCGUUAAUGUUCUGGGAUCGUUGCCGGAAAGAGGACCUAGUAAGAUACGCGGGUAACCCUCUGUGUGAACAAGAAGCCAGACAAAUGCCAUAAUGGGCGUGUCGAAGUGAGGACGCGCGCGUCAUUGUAAUGACGUAGAUAUCGAGCGACUAUUUGCCCGGGGGGUUUAAAUGUAGAAUUACAUUCGUAGUGAAACAAUAGACGAUAACAACGACGACGACAACAUGUCUGCAAACUGGAGUGAAAUUGAGACCAGGGAGCUUCUCAGUAUCCGCGCGGAGGCAGAGAUCGUUCGCCAGAUUAAUGGCACGGUACGCGAUGCGCUGGUGUACGAACGCAUAAAGGAAAAGAUGCACGAGCAUGGCUUUAUGAGAAAGAAAUCGCAAGUUAUCAGCAAGCUGAAGACGCUGCGCAAAAAAUUUCACCAGGUACACGACAGUAACAACAAGAGCGGCAGCGGGAGACUAGACUGGCCUUUCUAUGACCUGUGCUAUACUAUCUGGGGAACCAGCCACUCAGCAAACCCAGUUGCGUUGCUCGGAAGCAUGGAGUCUUCGUUUAACAGUGGCGAAGAAGAGGUUACACCAGAGCUGGCAUGUUCCGGUGAUAUCGCAUCAUCAUCAUCAUCUUCAUCACCAUCGGCGUCCACGUGUGCUUCCAGCCCAGUACUAUCGCCCAACAUCGAAAACCGUUCAGAAUGCCCUCAACCGCCUCCUGCUAAGAAGGCCAAAAAGUCGCUUUCCAGGACCCAGCUUAUUGUUAAAGAGGUCAAGGACCUUUUUUUGGAGAUGGACAGAGACUUUGAGGAGAGACAAAGCCUUCGCUUGGCAGAGCAACGAGAGUAUGAAGAGCGACUGAGGAGGGAGGCACAACAAGCCAGGGAAGCAGAACUAGCCACACAGAUGUCAAUGAUGCGAGAGUUACAAGAAUCACAAAACCGCUUCUUAAGUGAACUCCUUCGCCGUAUGCCAUCAUCAUCCCCAUCACCCACACCAUCACCCUCACCAUCACCCACGCCAUACUGCCCUCCAAAGGCUAAGUGCAGUAUCUACGCAAACACUGAAACUGAGAAAAAGGGCUUUAAAGUUUUUUACACCAGCCAGUCAAACAUGUUACUGCAAUUUUGGCACACACAUUUCUCUGAAAUGGGACAAAAUUUAACCAGGAGACUUUGUCACAAGACACAACAGAUCUCACAAAGCCCAUUUUAACCCUUAACUCAAUUUUGACCAAAUGCGUAGUUACUGCGCUUUCGCUUUGUAGGGCAGCAUACUAUGUGCCACCUCGCCGUAGUACUUUGAUGUAUCCAAGUACAAGUACUUUGGAGGACAUGGACAACACAGCGUUUAGGCCGGGGUCGUCUCGGUCCUACCUACAACUAGACUAGAUGGGCAUUAAGAAACAUUUUAUUUUUGGACUGUUGUUCUCUGAGGGUGUGGUGUGCAAUCUUCUGUAUAUAAAUACCAUAACAGCACUCAACUGCUGCUUUAACAGUGUGCAAACAUUGAAGAGUUUGUUGUUUUAAACUAAAUUUGAAACGUGUGUGGUCAAUUUUUGUAGUAGUGUUAUUUUAAUUGUACUUAUUAGAGCACCACAUUGCUCUUAACUACUUUUAGUACUUUUUAUUUUUAGUCUAUAAAUAUCUAUGUACAUAUUUAAUUCAAAGAAAGACUUGUUUAAAAUAUUUUAUUAAUAUUGUAUAAAUAAAGCAAGUUGUAUACACAUUUAACCUGUUGUCAGUUGAUUGUGAAAUCAUCAUUAGGGGAUCAAAGAAACUUAAGAAAACAAAGUAAUACCGGUACAAUAUAUAUAUAUAUUUAAAAUAAAACCAAGAGUUUGCAUUAUAAAACUACAAAUUUACUGCUACCAAUGCAGCCGACAUGUGAAAGUCAUUGCGCUGAAACAUAAUGAGGCUAUAUUUAAUUACUUUGCCUUUAUUGUCAGUACACAUGAUUUUCUGUUCUUUACUGUUUUGUUCCUCACUUAAGAUAAAAUUAACUUUACAUUAAUCAACUUCGUAUCAAAUUAUUUUUUCACAAAACAAUUGAUGCACUUGACCAGGAGAUAGAUUGCUUUAAAACAUCUCAUAUUUCCAAAGUGAAAAGUAGUACACUGCCAUAGUGUACUUAAAGUGCUCUAUUUUCGCACACUAAUUUUGUACUUCAUAUACUAAAAAUUCAUCUUUAGUACUUAAGAUGUUCUGUAGAUCAAACUUAUUUGUGCUAUUCUGAGAUGCCAUGAAUAUGAACUAAAGAUCACGUUUAACAUACUAUCUCUAAUAACAUUAAGUUAACAGUUGUAUUAAACUUCAACUCAACCUUCAUACAAAGAUGGGUUCAAGUUUACUACAAGUGGUACCUCAAUACCUUUUUUGCACAUUUUAGUUCAUAUUUAAGGUGUCUCAAAGUAGCACAGUGAA